AAUUAGGCUAGGAUGUUAAAAAACUUAAAGCAUAAAACAUUGAUGCUUGGUGUUAAUAUGGUGUGUAUAACUGGUUUUCUACUGACAUUGAUGAAUACCCAAGCAAACCAAAGCUACAGUGAAACUAGAAAAGACAGAACACUUUUGUCAUUGACAAAACGAACCAUCAACAAAUCCAAAUCCACACAACUGGCUUACACACGUAAUAUUCUUAUGGAAACGUCAUACCCGAUAGUACUAACACAACCGUACAAAAUAAACAAUGAAGCUAUCUGCCGACGUGUACCAAAGAUUACAUGUAUUGUGAUGGUUCAUACAUCUCUCAACCAUUUUGAAAGAAGGCGCAAUAUACGAAAAACGUUUAACUCAACUUAUUACAGUCCUAAUAUUAUCCGUGUCGUUUUCUUAUUGGGACUGACAAAUAACUCAACUCUUCAGACUAUCAUUGAAUACGAAAGCUUAGUACAUCAAGAUAUUGUUCAGGGAUAUUUCAUGGACACCUACCAUAAUUUAACUAAUAAAGGAGUCAUGGGUCUUAAAUGGAUUACAGAACAUUGCAGAAACGCCAAAUUUGUCGCAAAAAUAGACGAUGACGUAUUUAUUAAUUUUUACAAAAUUUUUGAAAGUUUAGAAUUUAUAAAAGAGGUGAAAAAGUAUUUGGCUUGUAAUAGAUUGGAAGCAGAUACAAAUCCCAUAGAACGUGGUAUCAACGAUAAAUGGUACGUACACAGUGAUGUAUUCAAAGGAUUUAAUUUUUAUCCAUACACCUCAUGUAGUGGGUUGGCCGUGUUUAUUUCAAUUGACUUAGUUCCUUUGUUAUACAAAGCUGCAUUAAUAUCGCCAUUUUUCUGGGUGGAUGAUUUUUAUUUAUUUGGUAUUUUACCUGCAAAGAUUCACGGUGUUGUGCAUUAUGAAAUUAAUGCACAUAUUUCCUUCAAUCAUCGAAGAACAUUCAACUGCUUCUCAAAGUAUGGAGAUAAAUGUAAGUUACUUGCGGGUAUUACAGAUACAGAUAUCAAUCCUACUAAAAUUAGGAUUUGGUGAUGAAAUUGGAAAAUAAAUAAAAAGAACAAUUUUAAUACAAUCUUAUUUUAGCAUUUAUUUACGACAUAUGGUCUAGAUAGGUCAAUCGUGAAAUUGGUACUCAUGUUGAAAUUACUUAACCCCACUGAACAUCUGCAUGAUCCAAGUCAGUCUAUCCGGACCGUGUGUUGUUUGUUGGUGUUUGAUUUUGUUUGUCUGUUACUUUAUUUGGUAAGUUGGGUACUGUUGUUGUUCUUGGUCUUAUAGAC